ACCGCGGGAACAGCUGUUCCUGCGCGUCGCGUUUGGCUACGCCGUUUGGGCGAUUAUCUUUGCCAUUCUCGUCGAGGGCGUCGAUCUGUAUCAUUGCAUAGGCGACUUUUACGCAGUCACGACCAACUUGUGCACAACGUUGCUGCUGGUAAUGAUAUUGGUGAAGUUGGGUAGCUUUAUGUUCUAUCGCGAUAUGAUAAUGGAUUUGAUCCAUUUCGCUGAGAAGAAUUUUUGGAAUGUCACUUACAACGAAGUCGAUACCCAAAUUCUGGAAGGGUACGACAAAUUAGGGAUGACUAUGGUCUACACUUUUACAUUGAUCGUUUACAUCGCGACAUUCAAUUAUAUCUUUGCACCUUUUUUCGAGCAUCAAGGGAGAAACAAAACGGAGAAGAUUCUGCCGUUCAAAUUGUGGUUCGAUUUUCCAUAUCACUCGCCAUAUUACGAAAUUACUUAUACUAUACAGUCACUUUCGACGAUACAUUCGGGUAUAUGCACUUGCUGCUUUGACAAUUUCGUGAGCACAUUUAAUAUCCAUGCGGCGGCGCAACUGAAAAUUUUGGCCCAUAAAGUGGAAACGGUUACCGAGGAUUGCAUCAAUAACGUAAUCGAUCAGAAAUAUGUGCCUGAAACGGAUAUUGGGACGUUAACAUUUAGAAAUUUGCAAGAUUGCGUACAGCAGCAUCUCACGCUUAUACGUUACGUGUACAACAUGCGACGUGUGUUCUCCGUUAUGUUGCUCGGACAAUUGCUGCUUUCCAGUAUAUUCAUCUGCUUCGGUGGAUUCCAAUUUCUCGUGGCGGAUGUAGCUAUCAGGAAGUGUAUUUUUGCCUUCCACUUUGUCGGCGGUCUUAUCCAGUUACUUAUUUAUACAUGGACGUGUAAUGAUAUAAUCGUGCAAAGCACAGCCAUCUCCGAUGCCGCUUAUAAUUCCAAGUGGUAUCUUUUACCCAACAAUGGCCCAGGAAAGGCAGUAAAGCAAGGAUUAAUUAUGAUCAUGAUCAGAACACGUCGACCAUGUAUAUUAACUGCUGGGAAUUUCGCGGUUGUAUCUUUGGAUACUUUUACCGGAGUAAGUGUAAUUUGACAAAUCGCUUUUUUUUUAGACGAAGAAGCUUUAUCUAUUUUGUAAAUUGCAAGUAACGUCGCGAUAUCUUCUUGAUGCAGUAUUAUGUAAAUUAGUUAAUUACACUUUUUUAUUCUUUUGCUUGAUUGGAAAAUAAUCAAAAAAUUGUAAUAAUAUCCAGU